AUGGCGGUCGAACGAGUCGGAGAAACCUCCGACUCCUUGUCUCGCCGACGCCCAACCUUCGCGACUCGAACUGCCCAAGAAGAUGUCUCACGCCUCGAUCCAGGGGCCUCGUCUCAAACUGCUCCCGACGAACGUACUCGCUUGCUAUCUUGGCCAUCGACUCCAUGGGCCCGUCCAUAUGAGCCUGUGAAUUCAUCAGAGCUAGCAGAUGUGCGACGUCGGUCAACAGCCUCGGAUUAUUUCCGAGGCUUUUCUCGAUGGUGGCAUAAACGAGGAGAUCACGUUCAAGAACAGGAUACUAGUGGAGAUGCCGCUUCGCACCAUACGGCCUUGUCUGCGGGUCCUCUCCGCGACUCCCGCGCCGAUAGGAAGGAGAAGAGUGGGCAUCGAUCCCGAUCGGUUGAUGAGCCGAAGAAGCUUGGUACCUUCUCCGGUGUUUUUGUUCCAACAACGUUGAAUGUCUUGAGCAUUCUUAUGUUCCUUCGAUUCGGGUUCAUUCUAGGACAAGCUGGUGUAUUGGGGAUUUUAGGGCUGCUACUUGUAUCAUAUACAAUCAAUCUUGUGACAACGAUGUCUUUGUCCGCAAUUGCAACAAACGGGACUGUCCGAGGCGGUGGUGCAUACUACCUGAUUUCUAGAUCUCUAGGCCCUGAAUUCGGUGGCUCCAUUGGCAUUGUAUUCUAUCUUGGCUCUGUGUUCAAUACUGGCAUGAAUGCUGUCGGCUUGGUGGACUGUUUCACCCAGAAUUUUGGGAUGCACUCUGGCGACUGGGCCAACUUUCUCGCAGAAGGUUUUUGGUGGCAGUAUCUGUGGGGAACCAUUAUACUGCUAUUCUGCACAAGUAUCUGCUUGGCAGGGAGCUCUAUCUUUGCGAGGGCGAGCAAUGGGCUGCUGGUCAUUCUACUGGUGGCCACCUUCAGUAUUCCGCUCUCUGCGGUUUUAAUGAAGCCUUUCCCAGUUCCUCGUCAGGGCGUGGAGUUCACGGGGCUUCGUUUGAAGACGUUGAUGGGGAAUCUUAAACCUCAUCUAACCAAAGGAGCUGCGGGAAGCCAAAUCAAAGGACGAGAGAACUUCCAAGAUCUCUUUGGCAUUCUAUUUCCUGCAACGGGAGGCAUUUUUGCGGGUGCAAGUAUGUCUGGCGACUUGAAGCAUCCGAGUAAGGCUAUUCCCAAGGGUACACUCUCGGGAUUAGCCUUGACCUUUGUCUCCUACGGUCUUGUCAUCCUUGCAAUGGCAGCCUCAGUAACACGCGAGUCAUUCUAUAAUAACGUCAAUGUUAUACAAAUUGUCAAUGCCUCUGAUAGCGUGAUUCUUCUUGGAGAAUUCGCGACUAGUUUCUUCUCCGCUCUGAUGGGUGUGAUAGGCUCUGCGAAGCUUCUUCAAGCUAUUGCGCGAGAUUGCCUGUUACCUGGCCUAGGAAUAUUCGGCCAAGGAACGCAGAAAACUGACGAUCCAGUCUAUGCCAUCAUCGUCACCUAUGUAUUCGCCCAGAUCACAAUGCUCUUCGACAUCAAUCGCAUCGCAUCUUUUGUCACAAUGACCUAUUUGAUGACCUUCCUUGUGACCAAUCUUGCCUGUUUCCUGUUGAAGAUUGGCUCUGCUCCCAACUUCCGUCCAUCAUUCCACUAUUUCAACUGGCAGACCGCAGCGGCGGGGACACUAGUCAGUGGGGUCAGUAUGUUUUUCGUGGAUGGUCUCUACGCCACAGGCUGUGUUGGCAUAUUGGUGAUUCUCUUCCUUUUGAUUCAUUACAGCUCGCCGCCUAAACCUUGGGGUGAUGUUAGUCAGAGUUUGAUCUAUCAUCAAGUCCGGAAAUACUUGCUUCGCCUGCGUCAAGAGCACGUCAAGUUCUGGCGUCCUCAGAUCCUGCUCUUUGUCAGCGACCUUGACAAGCAGUACAAAAUGGUUUCUUUCUGCAACUCGUUGAAGAAAGGCGCUUUGUUUGUACUAGCCCACGUGCUUGUGACGGAUGACUUUUCAGCAGCUGUCCCUGAAGCACGCCGAAAACAUACAGCAUGGACAAAGUUUGUGGAAAAUUCUAAGAUCAAAGCCUUUGUCAAUAUUUCCGUCUCGCCUGCUGCAGAGUGGGGAAUGCGGAAUAUUGUCUUGAAUUCUGGCCUAGGAGGCAUGCGGCCCAACAUCGUUGUGAUCGACCAGUUCCGACCGGAUCAGUCCCUUGUCGAAACGUUAUCUACCAACAGCGGCCGCAGAGAUUCCAAGAAUAGGCGUCAAUCGAUCAAUUCGGGCCCGCGACUCGAUGAGUCAAGCGAGUCUAGGGCGGCAAACCCUCCCAUGAGUGGACAAAGCUAUGUAACAAUUCUCGAAGACUUGCUUUUCAAGCUUCGUAUCAAUGUUGCCGUGGCUAAGGGGUUCGAGGAUUUGGAGAUACCGGAUCCUCAUGGCCACCACACUAAGAAAUACAUCGAUUUGUGGCCUAUUCAGAUGUCCGCCGAGCUUGGGGCGGAUAGUGCAAGCAAGCAAAAUGUGCUGACCACCAACUUUGACACAUACACUUUGAUUCUUCAGCUGGGCUGUAUUCUCAAUACUGUUCCAUCGUGGAAGAAGACAUAUAAGGUUCGAGUUGCCGUGUUCGUGGAGUACGAGACGGAUGUAGAAGACGAGAGAAGGAGGGUUGAGGCUCUCCUUGAGAAAUUACGAAUCGAGGCCGAAGUUUUGGUCUUCUGGCUUGCCUGUGGUGAUCUCCAGGCUUAUCGCACCAUUGUCAAUGGGGAUACUUCGGUUACAGCCGAUGCCCGAGAGAAGGUUCAUUCCACCUUACAGGGCGAGGACUGGUGGCAAGGGCUUUUAAGAGCUCGUGCCCAAGAUCAAGACCCCCAAGACUCGGAUAGAGCAAGUGACUGUAUACAUUUCGACAAGGCAUUUAGCUUCCAAAGUCAAUCAAGCCAAGAUAGCGGAGCACGGCCUUUGCCUCAACGAGUGACUGGGUUGAGGAAACUGAUUCAAUCCACUCGUCGCAGACGGUCUGUCUCUAGCUUCCGGGCUCUAGGAGGAGUGAACCUCGGCAUGCAAACGCAUCGGUUGCUAGAUGCGUUUGUUGACUACGACAGUUUCGAUAACUCGAGUGAGAGCGAAGAUAGUGACCUGGAAUUGUAUAACAGUGACCCAGAAGACGGCGGAGAGGACAUAGCCAGCGCUCGAAAUGAGGCCAUGCCUGUUUCCGGCUCUUCAAGACUCCUUGGCCGGUCGAAGACCGAUGAUUGCAGCCCUAGUGCAGACUCUCCAUGCACACCCGUGCCCCCGAGCCAACUGGAGGAACUCCUGUCCAACCAGAGAAUUCCAUCCAUACUUGAGCCCGAGGCGUCGCCGAAAAGCAAAUCUUCUGACCCGCGGCCCCCAAUGGGCCGGUCCGCUUCCAGUCAUCGGUUUAGCUCCGCGCCUAUUCCCGAGGCCAGAGUGAAUACUGAAGCCGAGGAGGGCAUUGGACCGUCCAUCAUGUUUGCAGCGCACAGCUCACCUCCGCGAUUUGCAAGUAAACUCGAUUCGAUCUAUGCUCGCCGUCAAUCCGCUGUGUCCUCCACCUUUCCCGGUGCCCACGGCAGCCCACAUGCAACAGGGUACCCUGGUGUUGCAUCACUUCCACUGUCUUUCAAUGAUCUUCCAAGCCGUGCACAGCAUUUGAUUCUGAACGAGUUGAUGGCCCAGCAGAGUGGUGAUACGGCUGUGAUUUUCACGACUCUGCCGUCUCCCGUGGAGGGGACAUCGCUUAGCGUGGAGGACAGUGCAUCUUACCUGAGUGACUUGGAAGUCCUAUGGCAAGACCUGCCCCCGUGUCUGCUGGUGCACAGCAAUAGCAUGACUGUGACGAUGAACCUCUGA